AGCACUAAACCCUUGUAAAACAGUUUCAAUAGUCACCAUAGAUAGAUUCAGAGUUUUCUCAAAACGAUUUGAUUUCAAGAAUUUGCAACAACCAACGCCAUCCACGUUUUCAGUGAAUAUCAGAUGGAUCCCUUUGCAGCACAAGAAGAGCAACUUGCUUCCCAGAGAAUGAGGCAAAAACUUGAAGAAGUAAAUGUGGCUGCUCAAACUAAUCUCGCCCCUGUGCAAGACUAUGUCAAUUUUACUCUUCAGAAAGCUUAUUUUAAAUGCGCCCACGAGUGCUUUGAUAGAAGCAAAAGGCAGGAAGAGAUAAGCAAUUGUGUCGAAAAUUGCAACAUACCUCUUAAUAAUGCUCAACAGACAUUUGAUGCUGAGAUGGGAAGGUUUCAGGAAAGGUUGAAUAGAUCUCUGAUGGUGUGUCAAGAUAAGUAUGAGGCAGCUAAGCUCCAGCGUACCGAGGCUAAGCAUGAUUUGCUUUCCUGUGCUGACAAAGCAAUCCAGGAAAGUAUCGAGACUCUGCCACAUCUUGCCAACAAGUUGAAAUCUUCCUUUGGAAUUAGGGACAAUGACUUAAUGUAGGGUACUCCUAGUGGGAUAUUAUUGUUUUGUUGUUGAUUCCUUGUAGCUUCUUUAUUCAUCCAUACAUUUAAUCCCAUAUGCGAAUCAAAUUGGGUGCAAUUAAAUCUUGCCUCUCAAACAAAUCAUAAGGGUAUUUUACUCAAUACUUGAGAAAUUCAAUCAACUGAUGGAUGCUGUAAUUUGCAAAAUGAGUUUUAGCUGAACA